AUGGAAUUGUCUGAGGUAAGAUGUUCCAGUGCAAGCGAUGAGCUGUACACUAUCAACAAAUCUCCCACCAUUAAGAGCAGCAUGAGACCCAAAAGGCUGCUGUGGCAAAACGCAGUGAAACAUUUAAACGAGCAGCGUCUCAUUCAUGAGCAGAGACGGACGGAAAAAAUCGCUUCACACGAGUCAUACUGUCAGAACACAGAGAAACAAUCAGCAAACAGCACUUCGGUAAAUGACAGACACAACAACGGAGGAACCAAAGUGUUCCCGGAAAGGGCUAGCAGCGAUUUGGGAUUCCUACAAAUAGACUGCGCCCCAAGUAAUUCAGACUUCUUCCUUAACUGGGGCUAUACGUACAGGGGAGUCAUCUUUCCUAGUUUACGAAAUUCCUUUAAGUCCAGGGACCUCGAGCGUCUCUACCAGCGGUAUUUUUUGGGACAGAGACGUAAAUCGGUGGCUGUUAUGAACAUUUUGGAUGUACUUACAAAGCUCACCCUUUUGAUUAUUCACUUGGCAUUGGCUUCUGAACCAAUGGACCCUGUAAAAUGCAUACUUCUAGGCUUUUUCACCGGCGUCGAGGUGGUGAUCUGUGCCUUAGUGAUAGUUAGAAAAGACACGACGUCUCAAAGUUACUUGCAAUACAGUGGGGUGGUAACGUGGGUAGCAAUGGCCACGCAGACUUUGGCAGCUGGUUUGGGCUACGGAAUCCUUGGAGAUGGUAUUGGAUACGUUCUUUUCACCCUCUUUGCCACUUACGCCAUGCUUCCAUUGCCUCUUACGUGGGCUAUUGUGGCUGGGUUGGUCACUUCGGCACUUCAAGUUGUGGUUCAACUUCUUAUUCCCCAAAACGCACAUACUUCUACAAACCAGCUGGUGGCUCAGGCAGUACUGUUCCUAUGUAUGAACACAGCGGGAUUGUUCAUCAACUACCUGUCAGACAGGGCUCAGCGGCAGGCCUUCCUGGAGACCAGGAGAUGCAUUGAAGCCAGACUGCGGCUGGAGACAGAGAACCAGAGACAGGAGAGAUUAGUCCUGUCUGUUUUGCCUCGAUUUGUGGUGCUGGAGAUGAUCAACGAUAUGACUAAUGUGGAGGACGAACACCUCCAGCAACAGUUUCACAAAAUCUACAUCCACCGCUAUGAGAAUGUCAGCAUUCUUUUUGCAGAUGUCAAAGGAUUCACCAACCUUUCUACAGCCUUGUCAGCCCAAGAGCUGGUCAGGAUGCUUAAUGAGCUCUUCGCUAGGUUCGACCGACUGGCACAUGAGCACCAUUGCCUCAGGAUAAAGAUCCUUGGAGACUGCUACUACUGUGUGUCUGGCUUACCGGAGCCCCGGCAAGACCAUGCCCACUGCUGUGUGGAGAUGGGACUGAGCAUGAUAAAAGCCAUCAGAUAUGUGAGGUCUCAGACAAAGCAUGACAUUGACAUGCGGAUUGGGAUACACUCUGGCUCGGUUCUGUGUGGCGUUCUGGGCCUGCGGAAGUGGCAGUUUGACGUCUGGUCAUGGGAUGUGGACAUUGCCAACAAACUCGAGUCAGGUGGGAUUCCUGGGAGAAUCCAUAUCUCUAGAGCAGCCCUGGACUGCCUAAAUGGUGACUAUGAGGUGGAGGAGGGCCAUGGCAAGGAGCGCAAUGAUUUCCUGUGCCAGCACAACAUUGAGACAUACCUGAUCAGGCAGCCAGAUGAGAGCUUGCUGACACUGCCAGAGGACAUAAUGAAGGAGUCCAUGAGCUCAGCAGACCGACGGACUACCAGCACCGCUUUCACUGAGGGCUCCUGGAGCCCUGAGCUGCCCUUUGACAACAUUGUGGGCAAGCAGAAUACACUGGCUGCCCUUACAAGAAAUUCAAUAAAUCUGCUUCCGAACCAUCUCGCUCAAGCUUUGCAUGUCCAGUCUGGCCCAGAGGAAAUUAACAAGCGAAUAGAGAGCGCCAUCGACUUACGGAGUGGCGAUAAAUUGAGAAGAGAGCAUAUCAAGCCUUUCUCACUGAUGUUUAAAGACUCCAGCCUGGAAGAAAAGUAUUCCCAGAUGAGGGAUGAUGUCUUCAAGUCCAACCUGGUCUGUGCUUUCAUAGUUCUUAUAUUCAUCACUGCAGUCCAAAGUCUGCUCCCUUCAUCUAGGAUGGUAACCAUGGUGAUCCAGUUCUCCAUCCUCAUCAUGCUACACUCAGCCCUAGUCCUGGUUACCACAGUGGAGGACUACAAGUGUCUGCCCCUGGUUCUACGCAAGGCCUGCUGCUGGAUCAAUGAAACCUACCUUGCCAGAAAUGUCAUCAUCUUUGCAUCCAUCCUCAUCAACUUCCUUGCUGCUGUGAUCAACAUUCUGUGGUGUGAUUUUGACCAGUCAGCUACCUUCAGGAAUCAGACAUUCAAUGCAUCUGCCUCAAUACCAGACAUAUGUUUCUAUCCUGAGUACUUUGUUUUCACCGGUGUGUCAGCUAUGGUGACCUGUGCAGUGUUUCUGCGCCUUAACUCCAUCCUGAAAUUGGCUGUGCUUCUCGUAAUGAUCACCAUCUACUCACUGCUCACCGAAGCCUUUUACACCUCACUCUUUGUUCGCUAUGACACCUUCCACAACAACAGAGACAAAAACGUCUUGGGCACUAAGGAGACAUCCCUCCUUCUGAUGGCCAUGUUUGUCCUGGCUGUGUUUUAUCAUGGGCAACAGCUGGAGUACACAGCUCGGCUGGACUUCCUGUGGCGUGUGCAGGCAAAGGAGGAGAUCAGUGAGAUGAAGGAGCUGAGGGAGCACAAUGAGAACAUGCUGUGCAACAUCCUGCCCAGCCACGUCGCCCGUCACUUCCUGGAGAAAGAUUGCGAUAAUGAGGAGCUCUACUCCCAGUCUUACGAUGCCGUGGGAGUGAUGUUUGCUUCCAUUCCAGGAUUUGCCGACUUCUACUCUCAAACUGAGAUGAACAACCAGGGUGUGGAGUGCCUUCGCCUCCUCAAUGAGAUCAUUGCUGACUUUGAUGAGUUGCUUGGUGAAGAAAGAUUCCAAGACAUUGAGAAGAUUAAAACCAUCGGCAGCAGCUAUAUGGCAGUAUCAGGACUGUCACCUGAAAAACAGCAAUGUGAAGACAGGUGGGGCCAUUUGAGUGCCCUGGCUGAUUUCGCCAUUGCCCUGAAUGAGAGCAUCCGGGACGUCAACAAGCACUCAUUCAACAAUUUUGAACUGCAGAUUGGCAUGGCACAUGGGUCAGUCGUGGCUGGGGUGAUAGGUGCCAAGAAGCCCCAGUAUGACAUCUGGGGAAAAACUGUGAACCUGGCGAGCCGUAUGGACAGCACUGGCAUCAGUGGCAAAAUCCAAGUGCCUGAGGAGACGUACCUCAUCCUGAAGGAGCGUGGUUUUGCCUUCCUGUACCGCGGCGAGAUCUAUGUCAAGGGCAUCAGCGAGCAGGAGGGCGAGAUCAAGACCUACUUCCUGCUGGGGCAGGUCCAGCCCAACCCGCUCAUCCUGCAGCCGCGCAAGCGGACGGGCCAGUACUCACUGGCUGCUGUGGUGCUGGGGCUGGUCCAGUCACUUAACCGGCAAAAACAAAAGCAGAUCCUCAAUGAGAACAACUGCUCCGGGAUCAAGAAGGGACAUUUCAACAGAAGGACCCUACUGAUGGCCACGGAGUCUGAGACAGUCACCCACAUUGAGGCUGUUGACAAAACGGAAUUGCCAUAG